CACAGCUACGCACAACUCACUAGGAGAAGCAAGAAAGGGGUGAGGUGACGAUGAGGAGUCUCUUUGUGGUCGCUCUGAUGAUCGUGGCCGCGGCCUGCAUCGCCGCGCCGCGGGGUGCCGACGGCGCGGGCGAGUGCGGGGCGACGCCGCCGGACAUGAUGGCGCUGAAGCUGGCGCCGUGCGCGUCGGCGGCGGAGGACCCCAGCUCCGCGCCGUCUAGCUCCUGCUGCGGCGCGGUGCACAGCAUCGGGAAGCAGAGCCCCAAGUGCCUCUGCGCCGUCAUGCUGUCCAACACUGCCAAGAGCGCCGGGAUCAAGGCUGAGGUCGCCAUCACCAUCCCCAAACGCUGCAACCUCGUCGACCGCCCCGUCGGCUACAAGUGCGGAGAUUACACUCUGCCAUGAGCGGUGAGGAUUAUUCCAGGGAUUUGCUGCAUGACGUGCAUGUUCGAGUAUCACCAAAGCGCGAGCUCUUGUGGCGUGUGUUCGUGUGUGUCAGUCUCUGUGUGUUGCCCAUAAUAAACAAGACAUGCGAGUACCACACAUGUGGAACUCUAGUAGUAUGAUGAUGUGUGUAUCACUAGAUACGUGUACUUAGUUGUGUUCAGUGUCCACAGAUGUAGUCUUGCAUUGUCGAAUCAAUAAAUCCUGUCUUUCUGAUAAGAUCGAUUGAGAGAUAGUAGAUGUUGUGCAAUA